GUAACCUGAUUCCCAAGGCAACUGUUGCCACUGCAAAACUGAGUGAAUGCACAGGCAUGUCACGGUUUAAUCUCUAACUAGUUCAAGUACAGUCAUUUGCUAAAUUUAUCUUAUGACUUACUGCCAAUAGAUUUGCAACUUAAAAAACGAAUUCAAUAAUUAGGAUUUGAAACUUUGGAAAGUUUCCACAAAGACUUUCUCCGGUGAACAGAAGAAAGAAGCUUGAACUACAAAAUGAAACUACCAGCCAUCUCCAUAGCUUCCACACCUGUGUGUUUCCCUCACAACACACCUCCUGUCCAGCGGAGUCGCUGCACGGUGGUCCCGCCCAGGACAUUUCCCAUCAUCUCAGACUCUGCCCGGCUGUGGACCAGCACCCAAUGUAUUCCAAGACUGAACCCUUUACAUCCCCCGUUGGUCCUCAAACGCACCGUUAGUCUGGAGACGCCGGCUGUUCACCAUCACAACCAGCAGAGGACAGUCCUCUUGCAGAGGAGAGAGCAUUACAGAUACCAUCAGGUAUGGCGGAAACCUUUUUAUGGAUCCAGCAUUGAGAGAGAAGAGUACAGGAAGGAGCUCCGGGAGCACUUAAAGAGGCAGAUAGAGGAGAAAUAUGCAGCACUGAAGCUCCAGCUGGCCAGUAAAGGGAAGGAGGCAGAGUAUGUUAAAGAAGUGGACCGCCUCGCCCUGUCCAGUGAAAGAGAGCAAAUGAUCCAGCACAGAAAAGCAAUGACUGCAUACAGAGAUGAGAACAAGAGGCUAAUGGAGCAGAGCUGGAGGGACAGAGCACUUACACGCUCCCAGGAGGCCCUGAAGGAGCGAGAGCUGCUCUGUCUUAACCCCAUUAACUGGAGUGGAACUCUGAAAUAGGUUGAACUUCUA